AUGAACGGUCGCACAAGCUUGACGUCGCCAAGAAAAGGCUGCUCGAAAAGUUGGGAGCAAAAUCACCCAUUGCCAGGUCACCAGAUCCGAGAAGCAAUUCCCAGUCUGAUGUCUCAGGACAACCCAGUGAUUGCACCUUGGAACCGGCUUCCAUCUCCAGACUCGGUCACUGAACAGGAAGGAAUCUAUUCGGAAGAUGAGUACUUUGCAGACACACCCGGACCCACGCAGAGAGCUCAUCGAUCGUCCAGUCCUAUCAGCCCCACGGUCCACACACAGAACAAGGACCUAUUGGGUACGCGUCCUUCAUUCGUUUACACGAAGGCACAAGCUAUCAUCGGACCAUACCAGCUGGAUCCUACAGAUCCAAGUCUUUGUAUACCGCAGUCUAUCAACCGGUUCCUGAGAGAAUACCAGCGCGCAGGUGUCCGAUUUUUCUACGAGCACUACACGGAAGGCAGAGGUGGGAUAUUGGGCGAUGACAUGGGACUGGGCAAGACAAUCCAGGUUAUUGCCUUCCUCUCAGCGAUCAUGCGGAAAUCGGGUACAGAUGCGGAUUGGCAACGGCGUAAACGCUUGGUUCGGGGUUCAGCCACUGCUGUCCACCCCAGACACUGGCCUACUGCUCUCAUUGUGUGUCCCAAGUCACUCGUCAAUAAUUGGGAACGGGAGCUCGAGACGUGGGGAUAUUUCGAGCAUGCGACAUGGAGGAGCGAGAACGCCGAAACUGUCAGAUCACAAUUUUUGAAUGCCUAUCUGGAUAUCAUAAUUUGCUCACUGGAUACCGUGCGCGUUCACAGCGAGUCCAUCAAGUCCUUGCCCGUCUCAGUCCUGAUCGUGGACGAAGCCCAUCGCCUGAAAGAGCCAGAGGCUCAGACAACGCUUGCUCUGAAGAAGAUCGAAUGUCGCAUAUGCUUCGCUCUGACCGGCACGCUGAUUCAGAAUCGCAUGGAUGAGAUGUGGAGUGUACUUGAUCUUGUGUGGCGAGGAUGGGCUGGUACUUCAAAAGAAUGGCGUGAAUUUGCUGUGAACCCCAUUAAGCGGGGCCAUCGACUCAAUGGCACAGCCGAAGAGGUGGUCAAAGGCAUUAUGCGACUCGGCCUGGUGCAUGAGAAGAUUCUCCCACAUUUCUAUCUUCGUCGAGACAAGCGAUUGAUUGCGGAUGAGCUGCCGGAGAAGCGCGAUCUAGUGGUUUUCUGCCCCUUAGGGAUUGCUCAGAUUUCGGCUUAUCAGGCUCUCGUCGAUUCGGAAGGUGUUCAGUUCAUCUUGAAACGGAAGGAAGCCUGCGAUUGCGGCUCAGGGGAAGCGCGCAUUGACUGUUGUCAUCGGCUCACAGAAGAAGGCGAGACGCUAGGCAUGGCUGUUCUAAAAUACAUGAGUGCUCUAGGCAAGGUCUCAAAUGUGGGCUCCCAUCAUUCACAAUAUCAUACUAAUGAAGAAGCAUCUGGCUCUUCUGUACCAUGGCAAAGACGAUUCGCCGCAUACUGUAAGCAUGCAUCCGGAAUCCGUCGUGUGUUGACGGGUUGUAGCGCGAGGUCAACAGGCGGUUUUUCAGGAUUUGUGGAUCCUUCCAACUGUGGGAAAUGGAUGGUGAAUCAAUCCCAUGGUAUUGCCAAUGACUGGCGGAGAGACGACAAUGACAACAAAGUGUCCGGGUUCUCAUUCGACAUUCUCUCUGGAGAGGUGGAAGCCAACGAACGACAGGAAAUGGUAGAUCGGUUCCAAGAUCCUCAGCAGGAUUAUUUCAUCUUGCUCGUCAGCACCCUGGCCGGUGGCGUUGGGUUAAACCUCACAGCUGCCAACAAGGUUGUGAUAUUCGACCCAUCCUGGAAUCCUGCCAACGACUUGCAAGCUAUGGAUCGGGCUUUCCGAAUUGGGCAAAAGCGUCCAGUUGACGUGUAUCGUCUUAUAGGAAAGGGCACAUUGGAGGAGCUGAAAUAUGAACGCCAGAUCCAUAAGCAGCAAAGAGCACGACAGCUGAACGAAGGGACUUUUGAAAGGAGAAUACAUAUCGGGAUGGAGGGGGCUCGCAAUGUUGAAGAUCAGGGGGAACUUUUCGGAUCGCAGAACAUCUUCCGUUUCGAUCCGAAUGGGUUUGUCUCUAAAAAUUUGGAACGUAUUCAGCAAGCCGAGGACAAGUUCCUGCAAGAUCUGCUUGAAGCGGAGUACGACACCGAUGGAGUCUUAGACGACGAUUCAGAGGACGAAGCUGGGAGGAAAAUGCGGGAUGCUAAUAAAUUACGAGCUAAAGAGAAGGCAAAGUUGGUAGCUGUGAGGAAACGAAGUGAUGAUGAUUUAGUCCGAGAUGUUCUUGGGGAGGGAUCGUCAAAAGUUCGGAAGGAAGAUGAUAUGCUCAAAACUCUGCAUAUAGCCUCUCACGUUCACGAUGUAGCUUUUCGUGAUUCUACGGAAGAGAAGAAGAUUUAUGAAAUCGGUAUUAAACUUCUCCGAGAUAAUCCCUCUUUGGCACGAACUAUCAAAGCAAACGAUCUUGGUAAAUUGGGUAGACUGACAGGUGGACGUCGGAAGGACUCUGUUACUAGGGUUAAGAGAGAGAGGAAAGAGGAAAGUAGUGAUGAGGAACCAUGGAAGAGGAGGGUACAGAUUGGCAAGGCCAAAGCUAAAACGGAAAAUCUUGUGGAAUUGAGCGACUGAAUCGUCAAGCAAUUUGUCAACCUAUCUCUGCCCGAAUUGUAUUGUACAUCUUGAACUUCGUCAUGAAUCAUCGUGAUCAAC